GUUCUUAGCAUUUAAAGUUGGAAUGUCUAUAGUUUGAACAUAGAAAUUUCUUGGUCUGCAAAUUCUAUUAUUGACUUAAGAAUCGUUCCAAGUAUAUGGGGUCAUGACUACAAAGUUAUUUUAAUUUCCAAUUCCGAAAGGUGCUAGCAAAAGGUGUUUCCCAUAUUCCCUCCACAUAAGUCUGUCCGUUCCUCAAUUUACAGGUUGCAAGCCUUCUUAAAUGGAGAGAAAUUGUAACAUCGAGCCACCAAACUAUGAAAAUUAUAUAACAGUUUUGAGCAUUGAUGGUGGUGGUAUCAGAGGACUUAUUCCAGCCGCUAUCCUUGAUUUUCUUGAAUCUCAACUUCAGGAGCUGGAUGGGGAGGAAGCAAGACUUGCAGAUUACUUCGAUGUGAUUGCUGGAACGAGCACCGGUGGCCUUGUAUCAGCCAUGUUGACUGCUCCCGAUGAAAACAAUCGUCCCCUUUAUGCUGCUAAAGAUAUCAAGCCUUUCUAUUUAGAGAACUGCCCUAAAAUCUUUCCACAGACGAAUGCUUUUGGGGAAAUUGGAAGGCUUUUCAAAGCAUUGAUAGGUCCCUUGUACGAUGGAAAGCACCUGCAUAAUGUGUUGAAAGAAAAACUGAAAAAUAUUAGGUUGUCCGACACUCUUGCAAAUGUUGUUAUUCCAGCUUUCGACAUCGGGAUUUUACAGCCAGUGAUUUUCUCUUCCUAUGAGGCAAAGAGAUCCCCAUUAUUAGAUGCUAAAUUGUCUGAUAUUUGCAUUAGUACUUCAGCAGCUCCAACUUUCCUUCCUGGCCACCACUUCACGACCAAAGAUGAAAAUGGACUCAUUCGAGAGUAUAAUCUCAUUGACGGUGGUGUUGCUGCAAAUAAUCCGGCUUUGGUAGCUAUAACUCAAGUAACCAAACAGAUGUUUGACCAUAAUUCAGACGUAUUCCAAACAAAGCCAGCGGAUUAUCCUCGUCUUCUUACACUAUCAGUAGGCACAGGUGUUGCAAGGGUAGAUAAAAAAUACAACAGCAAACUUGCAGCCAAAUGGGGUAUUUUGAAUUGGCUGCUUUACGGAGGCUCUACACCUUUGGUUGAAAUAUUCACUCAAGCAAGUGCAGAUAUGGUUGAUUUUCACAAUUCUUUGAUUUUCCAAGCCCUUUGUUCUGAGGAAAAUUACCUUAGAAUUCAAGAUGAUACACUAUCUGGAAUAGAAUCUUCAGUUGAUGUUGCAACAAAGGAAAAUUUAGAUCAACUUGUCAAAAUUGGUGAGAGGCUAUUAAAGAAACCGUUUUCAAGGGUUAAUUUAGAUUCAGGACUUACCGAGCCGGUCCCUAAUGGAGGCACAAAUGAGAAUGCUCUCAAAAGGUUUGCAGAAAAAUUAUCGAAAGAAAAGAAACGACGAGAACAGCUAAAGAGUGACAGCAUAGCUCCACAGUUAAAGAUUGCUGCCAGUGUGAGAAGUCUAAAGGGGAACUCAAUCAUGACUUGUAGGAAAAAAUUUAGUUAUCCUAUGUGUUCCAUGAAAGUUGUUAGUCCCCCUAUUAAUAUAUUUUUCAAAUAGAUUAAUAAUCAUAUGUAUUUGAAAACAAUAAUUCUUCUCAAACAGGGCCACGUAGGUCCUGUUUCUCCAGCAUUACUCAUUUGAAAGAGCAAGGAAAUAAAAAAACAUUAUAAUUUAAA